UUUAUGUAUUACUGCCUAGAAUGUUGCCUAUCAUGAAAUGUGUCUGGCUUUUAUGCCGGGAAAAGCCCGAUAACCAACCGUCAGUUGUUAUUUAUAUUAUUUUUGUAACUUAAUAUUAAAUAUACAAAUUGUGUGUAGUAUUUAUAAUUAUGUUUGGGGAAAAAGCUAUCGAAUUAAUAAAGGAAGUUUACAGGAACAAAGACAAUCUAACUCCAUACAAUAAUGAUUUAGUAGAGCAAGUAUCUAAGGAAAUAAAGACUUUGGUUGAAGAGAACCAGGCGGAUGCGCAAACUUUAGAUAGAGAAUUGGGUGGAGGAUUAUCAACAAUUAGAAUAAGGCACACUGCAAUUCAGCGCAAUAUGCGCUGUUUGAUUGCGUAUCAUUACAAUAGAAUUAGAUGUUUGAGACAAAUGAGAUGGGAGUUUGGCAGUGUACUGCCACCAGAUAUUAAAUCAAAUUUAAGUUCUUCAGAAGCUGUAUGGCUAAAUAAGUACUCCACAAGCUUGGCUAAAUAUAUGAGAACUAUAGGUGAUGAGGGCAUGAACUUGGGUGUUGAUUUAAAACCGCCUAAAUCUCUUUACAUUCAAGUUAACUGCUUGGUAGAUUAUGGCAAGUACCAACUCAAAGAUGGAUCUAUUAUUUUAUUACAAAAAGAUUCCCUGCAUUAUUUACCCAGAAGUGAUUGUGAAGAGUUAAUAAGAUUGAAAAUAUUUGAACACGUAGCAUAAUUUAUUUCCGGAAUGAUCCUAAUAAAUAAUUUUUUCGCAAGUAUAA